AUGUCGAUUCUCCCUAACAUUGCAGUGAUCGGUGGCAGCUAUGUCGGCGUCAACACAGCACAGCAACUGGCUACGAAGUUUCACGGUCGUUUCCAAGUCUUGUUGAUCGAGAAGAACUCACAUUUUCAACAUCUGUUUGCGUUCCCCCGAUUUGCAGUCACGACCAAGGUGGACACACACAAGGCUUUCAUCCCCUUCACACCUGGAACAUUUGCGAGCUGCCCACCUGGUUCUGGUGUGGUCGUUCGCGCAGGUGUCACCAAAAUUGACAAGUCAGAGAUUCACCUUGAUCGUAGCGUCAAGUUGAAUGACAAGAGUGUGAAUAGUAUUCCGUACCAGUAUCUCAUCAUUGCUACUGGCACAAAGUUGACACCUCCCUCAACACUACCGUCAUCAGACAAAGCCGAUGGAGUCACUUACCUCCGAGAGCAUGCACAGAAGGUCGAGAAAAGCUCGAAGAUCACCAUCAUUGGUGGAGGAGCCGUUGGAGUCCAAAUGGCAACCGAUAUCAAGGAGAUCUACCCCGAAAAGUCGGUGACUCUGGUACACUCGAGGGAUCAACUCAUGAAUAAGUUCCAUCCGCAACUGGACCGCAUUAUCAAGGACCGCUGUUCAGAACUUGGUAUCAACCUCAAGCUUGGCUCGAGAGUCAAGUUGCCUGCAAAGGGGUAUCCAACCGAUGGAUCGAUCUUCAAUGUCGAGUUGCAAGAUGGCUCGAGUAUUUCAACCGACUUUGCUGUCAUUGCCACUGGUCAAACACCGCAAUCAGAGCUUAUUCGCACCCUUUCACCGGAAACCAUCGAUGAUGCUGGUUUCGUGCGUGUGCAAAGAACCCUUCAGAUCAGCGACACAGCCUAUCCGAAUAUCUUUGCCGUUGGAGACGUCGCCGAUACUGGAGCUCACAAAGCAGCUCGUCCAGCUCUGAGACAGGCGCCGGUGGUCGUAGAGAAUAUCGAGCACAUGACGAAGGACGAGACCCUUGAACGAUACGAGAUCGCAGAAGGUCCAGCAAUCCAUUUGAGCUUGGGCAUUAUCAAGAAUAUCAAAUUUAUCAAUUCACCUGGUGGUGCUUCAGAGCCUAAGGUCAUGUGGGCCGAUGAUGGCAAAUACGACAUGGGUAUCGAUGGCGUUUGGCAGCGUAGAGGAGGCGGUCCGAACUCGCUUCUUUGA